UGGAGAAACGACGACGCACCGCUCCAGGACUGCAAACUCCUCUCCCCUUCUCUUUCCCCUGUAGUUUUGUACUCUUUCAGCUCCAAAUGCUUCCUCUCUACAGAAGCUAACCGCUCAGACCUCCUCAUCCGCAGUCUGAUUUCUUCUUCAAACUCUUUCCGAGCGAACAGGUGGAGAUGAUGGCUCGGCGCUCUCGGACGCGGCUGCUUUCGCUCCCUCUCUGUUCGCUUCUUUUGGCGACCUGCUGCAGCUUCGUGUCGGCGCAGGAGCUGCCCACCAACGGGGUGAACGGAUACAGCCUGCACCCACCCUACUUUAACCUGGCAGAGGGCACCAAGAUCACCGCCACGGCGACCUGUGGAGAGGACGAGAACGGCAGGAGCAUACAGGACCUUUACUGCAAGCUGGUGGGAGGCCCCGUGUCUGGAGACCCGAGCCAGACCAUCCAGGGUCAGUACUGUGACAUCUGCAGACAAGGAGAAAGCGACAGAGCUCAUCCAAUCACCAACGCCAUCGAUGGGACGGAGCGAUGGUGGCAGAGCCCGCCUCUUUCCCGCAGCACUGAGUUCAACGAGGUGAACGUAACGCUGGACCUCGGACAGCUCUUCCAUGUGGCCUAUGUUUUGAUCAAGUUUGCAAACUCUCCUCGUCCUGAUCUUUGGGUUCUGGAGAGAUCCAUCGACUUCGGGCAGACGUAUCAUCCCUGGCAGUUCUUUGCUUCCUCAAAGACAGACUGCAUCGAGCGUUUUGGACAGAGGAGCAUCGAGAGGAUCAACAAUGACAAUGACAUCAUCUGCACCACCGAAUACUCCAAGAUCGUGCCACUGGAGAACGGAGAGAUCGUCGUGUCCUUGGUAAACGGUCGACCUGGAGCGAUGAACUUCUCCUACUCACCGGUCCUCAGAGAGUUCACAAAGGCCACCAACAUCAGACUCCGGUUCCUGAGAACCAACACACUGCUGGGACACCUGAUGGGCAAAGCACUGCGAGACCCCACCGUCACCCGCCGGUAUUACUACAGUAUCAAAGACAUCAGCAUUGGAGGACGCUGUGUUUGUAACGGACACGCUGAGGCCUGCAAUGCCAAGGAUCCCAAUGACCCCUACAAGUUACAGUGUGACUGUCAGCACAACACCUGCGGCGUUUCCUGUGACCAGUGUUGCCCCGGAUUCAACCAGUUACCGUGGAAACCUGCGACGACCUACAGCGCCAAUGAGUGCGAACCCUGUAACUGUCACCGUCACUCGUUCGACUGUUACUACGACCCAGAGGUCGAUCAGAGAAGAGGAAGCAUCGACAGCCAUGGACACUACAGAGGAGGAGGAGUCUGCCUCAACUGUCAGCAUCAUACCACCGGAGUCAACUGUGAGCGCUGCAUCCCGACCUACUACAGGUCACCUGACCACUCCAUCGAGUCUCCACAGGCCUGCUCACGCUGUAACUGUCAGUCCCAGUUUACUGAUGGCACUUGCGAGGAUUUUACUGGCCGCUGUUUCUGCAAACCAAACUACGCCGGAGAGAACUGCGACACCUGCGCUAGCGGCUUCAUCAACUUCCCUGACUGUUACCCCGUCCCGACCUACCCAACCGACAACAACAACAACAACGGAGAGGCCAAAACAGCUGGAGAGAUCAUCAACUGUGAGUGCAGUGCAGCUGGGACUGUUGAUAACUCCUGCAGACCUGAUCCCAACACUCGGACCUGUGUCUGCAAACAGGGCUUCACCGGUGACCACUGCGACACCUGCGCUCCGGGUUUCCAUGGACUCAACUGUCAGCCCUGUCAGUGCUCAGGCCACGGCUGCUUGGACGGGUCAUGUGACUAUGUGACGGGCCAUGGCGUGUGUCGGAGUGGCUUCCAGGGUUACAACUGUGACCAGUGUGCACCAGGUUACUUCAACUACCCGCUCUGUCAAUUCUGUGGUUGCAGUACAGUUGGCUCUUUGCCUGAAGUCUGCGACGCAGCGGGCCGUUGCCUCUGUAAACCCGAGUUUCAGGGUCCUCGGUGUGAACAGUGCAGAUCUGGGUUCCACUCCUACCCCAACUGUCAAGUGUGCACCUGUGAUCCUCGCACCUCAUUGGACAGCAGCUGCACAGCAUCAGGUCACUGCCACUGCCUGCCCAAUUACAGCGGUACUGCAUGCGACCAGUGUGCACCAGGAUAUUAUGGAUACCCGAGCUGCACGCCCUGCCACUGCUCUCCAGAAGGCUCUCGCUACAGCAGCUGCGACCAGGUGACGGGACAGUGUGGGUGUCUGCCAAAUGUGGUGGGACUGAGGUGUGACAGCUGUGCACAUGGUGCCUACGGCUUCCCUAACUGCCAAGCUGGUACCUGCCACCCUGCAGGCUCUGUUCAGUAUGUGGCGCCAACUCCUGUGGGUCAGUGUUUGUGCCGUCAGCAUGUGGAGGGUCCAGCCUGUGACAGAUGUAAACCUCUGUACUGGAACCUUUCCCCUGACACUCCUGAUGGAUGCUCCAAUUGUGAGUGUAACGUUGCCGGCACAAUCAGCGGUGUUUCCGAGUGUGCACAGGAAUCUGGUCAGUGUCACUGCAAGCCAAACACCUGCAGUGGAACCUGCUCCACCUGUAAAGAUGGAUUCUACAACCUGCAGGAACAAAACUACUUUGGCUGUCAAGGCUGUCAGUGUGACAUUGGAGGAGCAGCAGGACAAUCCUGUGGAGAGAGGAACGGCCGCUGUCGCUGCAGACCCAACAUUGAAGGACCAAAGUGUAAUCUACCUCGUCCAGAUCAUUACUUCCCUGAUCUCCAUCAUCUGAAGUUUGAGAUCGAGGAGGGAACCACGCUCGAUGGUCGGCCAGUCCGCUUCGGCUACAACCCUCUGGAGUUCCCAGGAUUCAGCUGGAGAGGUUACGCUCAGAUGUCACCCAUCCAGUCCAAAGUCUUGGUGUCGGUGUCAGUCAGCUCUCCAGACCUCUUCCAUGUGGUUCUCCGAUACGCCAACUGGGGCGGUUCGGACGUUCUGGGCAGGGUGUCGGUGAUAGAGGACGGCUGGCACUACUACUGUGGUAACUGUUCAGAGCAGUCCAAACAGAUCGUCUUUUCUCCCAGCGUGGAGCCAACGUUUGUCAACGUGCCACAGAAUAACUUUGUGGAGCCGUUCGUCCUGAACCCGGGGACCUGGACCGUGGUCAUAGAGGCCGAGGGAAUCCUGCUGGACUACCUGGUUCUGCUGCCCAGUGCAUACUACGAGGCUCCCAUCCUGCAGAUCAGAGUGACUGAACCCUGCACCUACAGCGCUGUGCAAGACACCAACCAGAACUGUCUCAUGUACAGGUAUCUCUCUCUGGACUCCUUCCCCUCCAUCUCUGGUAAUGAUGCCAGCUGUGUCCAUGACAACCACCUACCGCGGCCCUGCCCCUCUGAGAAGGUCACCCCACGCCACCCAGACAUGGCUGUCUGCAGCGGCCAGGAUAUGAGCGUCGAGCUGCGAGGGCGUCUGUCGUCUCCAGGUGAAUACGUUCUGGUCGUUGAAUAUUCCAGCGAGGAAGAACUUCCACAAACUCUGACAGUUGCUGUGAACACACCUGGAUCGAGAGCGCAUCAGCACAGAGUCACUCUGCUGCAAUGCAAAUACAGCUUCCUGUGUCGAGCGGUGGCCAUCGACGAACAGAACAGAGUCGCUGUCUUCUCUCUCCCCGCUGACCCAGAGAUUCAGCUCAUGUCUGACCGUGCCAGCUUCUUCCUGCACAAAGUCUACUUAGUGCCUAAAGAUCAGUUCAGCAUGGAGUAUGUCGAACCUAAAGUCCACUGCAUCAGCACUCAGGGAGAGUUUGCACCUGACAGCUCGUCCUGCGUCCCCUCUCGUUUCCAGACGCCAUCAGACUCUUUGGUCCUGAAGGAGGGUCAGAGCUCCUCCAUGCAUGAGCCCAUCCUUGCCUCUCCUGCAGCAGCUCCUCCCGUGCCGCUGUACCAGAGUGACCAGCCGACUUGGACGGGUGGAGACAGACCUCCACAUGGAGCGGAUAACGGCGACCACGUCAGGCUGGAUUCACUACAGAAUGCCGCUGUAUACUCAACCCGUGUCCACGCACUCGGACGUUACGUCUUCAUCCUUCACUACCACCAGCCCCACCACCCCACCUAUCCUGUUCAGGUCUACAUUAAUGGAGGACGGAUCUGGCAGGGUCACGCCAACGCCUCCUUCUGCCCCCACGCUUACGGCUGCCGUAACGUCCUGGUCUCUGAGAACCAGAUCAUUCUGGAUGUGACAGACCACGAGGUCUUCCUCACCGUGCAGAUCCCUGCAGGAAAGACGCUGUGGCUGGAUUAUGUGCUGGUGGUGCCCGAGGCGAGCUACAGCUCCAGCUACCUGAAUGAAGAACCUCUGGAUAAAUCCUACGACUUCAUCAGCAACUGUGGCCAAAACAGCUUCCACAUCAAUCCGUCUACGGCUUCUCCGUUCUGCCUCAGCUCUGCUGUUUCUCUGUCAGCGUUCUUCAACAAUGGUGCAAUGCCGUGUGCGUGCCAUGAAGUCGGAGCUGAGAGCGACACAUGUGAGACCUUCGGCGGGCAGUGCCGCUGUAGACCCAACGUGAUUGGCCGAGACUGCUCCAUGUGUGCCACAGGAUACUGGGGAUUCCCUAACUGCAGACCCUGUAACUGUGGAACGAGGCUGUGUGAGCCUGUCACUGGUGACUGUAUCUGCCCGCCGAGGACUGUCCGCCCUGAGUGCACCCAGUGUGAGCCCCAGACAUUUGGCUGCCACCCAGUGGUGGGCUGUGAGGUCUGCAACUGCUCUCACUCUGGUAUCAUCGCCCCAGAUGUGAGCUGUGAUACGACAAGUGGACAGUGCAGGUGUAAGAACAACAUCGUUGGCCGUCAGUGCGACCGCUGUGCCCCUGGUUUUUAUGGCUACCCCAACUGCAGGCCAUGUAACUGCAACGAGGCGGGAACAGAGGAGGAAGUGUGCGACUCUUUCACGGGACAGUGUAUCUGCAAGGAGAACGUUCAGGGUUCUCGGUGCGAUCAGUGUAGAGUUGGUACGUUCCACCUGGACCCAACCAACCCUAAAGGCUGCACCAGCUGCUUCUGCUUCGGAGCUACGGACCGCUGUCGCAGCUCUGACAAAAGACGCACUGAGAUCAUGAACAUGGAGGGCUGGGUGCUGCUGGGAGCAGACAGACAGGAAGUACCAGUCACUGUGUAUCCUGGUCAGGAUCUUGUGGAGGCUGACCUAAGCGAUGUGCCGGACGUCUACCAGGACCUGCACUGGCAUGCUCCAAAAACGUACCUGGGAGAUAAGGUCUCAUCCUAUGGAGGUUAUCUGCGGUAUCGUCUCCACACUCAGACCAUGAGAGGAGACGUGCUGUCUCUGCCUGCAGAAGCCUCCAGGCCUGACAUUAUUCUCAAGGGUAACCAGAUGACUCUGGUGUUCAUGGAGAGAGAAUACUCAUCACCUGAGGAGCCUCACCUGGGAAUAGUUCACAUGGUUGAGGGAAGUUUCCGUCAUGCUCAGACCGGUAACUCGGUCUCUCGUGAGGAGCUGAUGAUGGUUCUGGUCGGUCUGGAGUCUCUGCAGAUCCGGGCUUUGCACUCCCAGUCGGCUCACUCUGUAUCACUCCGCGGUGCCGUGCUGGAGGGUGCCGAGAGCCUGCUAUCUGGCCGUCACGCCAACAAUGUGGAGAUCUGCAUGUGUCCUGCAAACUACCUAGGUGACUCGUGCCAGAAAUGUGCUCCAGGCUACUACAGAGACACCAUCGGUCUGUUUCUGGGUAAAUGUGUCCCCUGUAACUGUAACGGACACUCUGACCGCUGUCUGGAUGAAUCAGGAAUCUGUCUGGACUGCCAACACAACACAGCAGGCGACCAUUGUGAGAAAUGUCAGGGCGGUUUCCUCGGUAAUAACACCCUGGAUGGACAGGCGGUGUCCUGCUCCAGCUGUCCGUGCCCUCUGAGGGUCCCAUCCAACAACUUUGCAGAGGGUUGUGUGCAGAAAACAGACAGGAUGCAAUGUUUGUGCAUGCCCGGGUAUGCUGGACCAAACUGUGAAAGGUGUGCCCCUGGUUACUACGGCAACCCAAUGGUGCUUGGCAGCAGGUGCCAGCUGUGUCACUGCAACGGCAACACCGACCCCAACAUGCUGUUCACAGACUGCCACCCGUUGACCGGCGAGUGUCUUAGCUGCAUGCACGACACAGCCGGGCCGCAUUGUGAGACCUGCGCUCCCGGUUUCUAUGGCGACGCCGUCACCGCCAAAAACUGCACCAGAUGCAACUGUUCUCCAUGUGGCACUGAAUCAUGUGACCCUCACACCGGACAGUGUCGCUGCAAACCAGGGGUCACAGGGCCGCACUGUGACCGCUGUGAGGAUGGCUCUUUUGGCUUCGACUCGUGCUCUGGCUGUCGUCAGUGUGAUUGCGAAGCCUCUGCGGCUCUCGUGCAGCCGUGUGACCCUCAGAGCGGUCAGUGCGCGUGUCAGCCCGGAGUCAACGGGCCGAGUUGUAAACAGUGCGCUCCUGGAUUCUGGGACUACGGACCCAACGGCUGCAGGAAGUGCGACUGCAAAGGAGCUCAUUGUGACCCCCGCACAGGAGAGUGCCGCUGUCCUGACGGGAUGACGGGAAAACAGUGUGACACCUGCUCGCAAAAAUACAGCGUACCUGUAGAGAAGCAGCACGGCAUGCACUGUGAACUGUGUGACAGCUGCGUCAUCGUCCUGUUGGAGGAUCUCGAUAAGAUGAACGAAGACUUCCGCUCUGUUGCAGGUCAGCUGACCAAUCUGAAUGCCAGCUCUAUGGCGUGGGCGCAGCUCAGCAACGUCAACAAAUCUAUGGAGGACAUCGCUCGUGCCAUAGAGAACUACAACAGCACUCUGGAUGACAGCAGGACCCGGGCCGACAUGCUGGAGGCUGAGAUUGUAAAUAUUAACGAUGACAUCAAUGAACUGCAGGAUAAGGUUGCAAUGAUGACCGACAGAGUUGGUGACGUGCGUGACAGUACCACCACCACUCACCAGAGAGCAGAAGACUUGCUGUCCUUCAUCAACAAUAUGACCAUGAACAUAAACGAUAUCCUUAUGUUGGUGAAUCGUUCCUCCUUGAACAACACGGAGGUGGAGCUGGAGGAUGAAGAGAGGGAGAGGAAGAUCAGGGAGGUGGAGGCCAUGCUGAGAGAGAUGAGGUACAGGAGCUGCGUGGGACAGAAGAAAGUGGCUGAGAAAGAGAGGACGGAAGCGGGGAAACUGUUGGAUCGAGUCAACAAGGAGCUGGCCAACCGUCAGGGAGAAAACGUUGACUUAGCCCAAGCCAUCAGAGACCGUCUGGCUCGUUUCCACUCUGAGAUGAUGGACCUCCGAGAUGCCCUCAAUGAAGCUGUGAACAACACGGCCAAAGCGUCAGAGAUCAACAACGCCAACGAGAAAACCCUGGAGGAAAACAAGAAAAGACUAGAGGACCUCAUGGCGAAGCAGAAGGAGGUGAACGACCAGCUGAACAUGGCCGAAGACGACGUGGCUCAGGUCAACAACAUGCUGUCUGACCUGCAAGAAUCUAAAGAGGAGUACGAGCGGCUGGCUGCUCAGCUGGAUGGAGCCAGGAAACCUUUGGCAAAGAAAGUCCAAGACUUCGCCUGGACCGACUCUAAAAUCCCACUGGUGGAGAAGGCAGAGAAACACGCCGAGACGCUCAACAACUUAGCCAUGAACCUGUCCAGUUUGAUUGAAGAGACCAGGAAGGAGGGAUUUGUGGAUGUAACACAAGCGUACAACAAGAUCAUCAACAGCAUCAAGGAGGCGGAGGAGGCCGCCAACAUGGCCGCCAAGGCUGCAAAUGACACUGUGGAGAAUAUAAAGGACCAGAAUCUCAGUCAGAUUGCGGAUUCUCUGAGGAAUCACAGUUUGGAGCUGAAGGAGGAAGUAGAGAACCUGAAUGAUGACCUCAACAACAACCUGAAACCACAGCUGGAAGAGGCUCAGAGGCGACUGGAUGAGGCCAAAGCCAAACAGGCUGAUGUGAUGAAAGACCUGGAGAUGGUUCAGAACAACCUUAACUUCACUUCAAAUGUGAGUCAGGAGAUUGAUGAGGCAAAACAAGCAGCAGAUCUUGCAAACACCACAGCAACACAAGUCAACGAUGCCCUGACUCCCAUUAAAGAACAGCUAGACAAAUGGCAGCAGACCUACGGAGACGCCAACGCCACCAACGAUGACAUCAACGAUGCUCUGAUGGAGGCCAACAAGACUGUCCAAGCUCUGGGUGAUACUAUCCCCAUGCUCAUGAAGAAGCUGGACAAACUGCAAAAUCAUUCAGCACAGAUGCCUAACAUCUCUGAGAACAUCAACCGCAUCCGGCAGCUCAUCCAGCAGGCCCGCAACGCUGCCAGCAAGGUUGGCGUCCCGGUGAAAUUCAACGGGAAGUCAGGUGUUCAGGUCCGUACUCCUCGCAACCUCGCCGACCUGGCCUCCUACACCUCCCUGAAGUUUUACAUCACUCUUCCAGAGACGGGGCGAUCCAGACGUCAGGACAACAACAACCAGCAGUUUGUCUUUUACCUCGGCAACAAGGAUUCAAGUAAGGAGUUCCUGGGUAUGGCGUUGGUUGGGAAGAGGCUGCGAUGGUUCUUUAACGUCGGAGGAGAAACUGCUGAGGUGACGAUGUCUGAGGAUGUCAAGUCCAAUGGAAACUUCAACAGUAUCGUGCUAGAGAGGAUCCUCCAGUACGGUUUGAUGUCGAUGUCUUCAGAGGCCAAUGAGGGGGAUCAGAGAGUCAUAAAAGAAGAAGCGGAGGCUAAAGGGGAUCAGGGUCUGCUCAACCUCCUGACCGAUGACACUGUCUUCUACGUGGGAGGAUAUCCAAAGACUUUUAAACCGCCUGCCCCGCUCGCCCUGCCGAACUUCAAGGGCUGCAUUGAGCUCGAUACGCUGAACGAAGAAGUGCUCAGUCUGUACAACUUUGAAAACACCUUCCAGCUCAACACCACAGAGGAGAAACCAUGUGGCAGGUCUAAGCCAGUGCUGACUCAGGCCUGGGUGAAUGACGCGGCGUAUUUCGAUGGUACCGGCUAUGCUGAGAUCAAGUUCACUGACGAAUCGACUCGCAUGCAGCGCUUUGAACAGGAAGUCAAACUGCUGUCACACAACGGCAUUCUGCUGCUGCUGCAGAAUGGGGAUCAGUUCUUGUGUCUGGCGGUGCUUCAGGGCAGACUGAAGGUUUUCUAUGAUUUCAGUGGUACUCUGGAGGAGCUCGACCCCAAAGAGCCUUUAUCCGAUUCCUUGAAGAUCAGCGACGCCGACCCUAAAGCUCUGGAGAUUAUCAUCCUGCGCUCGUCCCAGAAGCGUGUUGUGGUGAGAAACAACCGCCUCAGCCUCUACGUGCACCAGUUCACAGAGGACAUCCCCCCGUUUAGCAGCAUGUACUACCUCGGGGGAGUCCCAGAGAACAAGAUGCCACCUCAGUUGAAGUCUUUGUUCCCUAAGCAGGGCUCUCUGAAGGGCUGUUUCAGGAACGUAAAGGCCCAAAACUCUCACAUCGACCUGAAGAGGAUGACCAGCUCUGGAGUCAGCUUCGGCUGCGACAGUGACCUGCUGGUGGCUCGUGAGGCUCACUUCACAGGUCAGAGCUACCUGGACUUGGAGCUGACAGACAUCCCAAACCUCAGGGACAACUUCUACGCCAGCUUCAGCUUCAGGACCGAGCAGAGGGACGGACUUAUGUUCUACCACCAGGACACGGACGGAGUCUGUCAGGUGUUUUUGCACGACGGACACGUCGUUGUGAGAGCCGGCAACAGUGAGAUCAGGACGCAGAAAACGUACAACGAUGACAACACCCACUAUGUCUCUAUCUACAACAACGUCAACGGGAUGCGUCUGUACAUUGAUGACAUGCUGGAAAAAGGGAAAGAGGGAAUCCGGAUCGACAGCCGGAGUCGAAGUGCAUCUACUUCGCUGGGAUCAACCUUCCUGGGAGGAACACCCAACAUGGGCCUCACCAAUCUCACCGGAUGUAUCAGCAACGUUUUUGUCAAGAGAACAAAGAGUCCUCAGAUGGUGGUAAACCUGCUGAAAGCAAAAGAAAACAUCAAUGUUCCUCUGGACUGUCCAGCUGCCAAAAAACCUCAACAGAUCCUGGCUGCUCAGCCCAAACACAGCCACAAACAGGGGAAGGGGAAGCACAAGAAACCGUCGGGGUCUCGCAGUCGGAAUACCAGGGACUCCUGCCAGGGGGCACCGUCGGACCAGGAGGCUGGGGCAACACAUUUCAGUGGCUCCACGCACAGCUACCAGAGAUACGACUCUCUGCCAUCCAGCUCCAUUCCUCACAUCUCCAUGGCAGUGAGGAUAAAUUCCUCGGAUGGUUUGGUGCUCUAUACAGGUAACGGACAGCAAGGCGGAGCUAUGAUGUCACUCAGUGUGUCAGAAGGUCACCUGCUGCUUCUGCUGGACGGAGGGAAGAGGAAGGUCAGCCUGCGCAGCCGCAAGAAGUACAACGACGACCAGUGGCACACGGUGUUUGUAAAGCGAGAAGGAGAGAAGAUCAGUCUGAUCGUUGAUGGUAUCAGCGCUCAGUGGAAGAGAAUUCCCGGAGGAGAGAAGACUCGUCUCACCGGGCCUCUGUAUAUCGGAGGAGUGCCGCCUUCACUGACGGCUCCAGGCUCCAGUGGUUUCGUCGGAUGUGUCAAAGACCUGUCGCUGAAUGAAGCCCCUGCAGGAAACCCCGUUCACAGCCAGGGGACGGUUCCCUGCUUCCAGAACCCUCUGCAGCCUGGGGCAUAUUUCUCCGGCGAGGGAGGACACAUCGCCAUAGAUGAGUCUUUGGUCCUGGGUCGGGAUCUGGAAAUCCAGCUGGAGGUUAGGCCCGUCUCGGACUCUGGGCUGCUGUUGCAUGCUGGGAUAUCGGCAGAGCAUUACCUGAGUAUCGUCCUCAACCAGGGAGAGAUGACAGUUUUUAUAAACAACGGUAAAGGUGAAUUUUCUACCUCCUUCAGUCCUGAAGAGCCUCUAUGUAACGGGCACUGGCACACCAUCACAGUGGUGAAGAAGAACAACGUCCUGCAGCUUCAUGUGGAUGCAGCCAGUGAGCACAGUGUUGGCCCCAAACAGAGCCGCUCUACAGGGGCCAAAGAGACCGUCUACCUCGGAGGAGUACCAGAUGGCGUCACCGUUCCCAGUCUACCUGCCGACCUCCCUGCCUUCCACGGCUGCAUCCGCACGGCGAGCAUCAACCACAGACCUGCCAUGUUGUCCAAACCGCUGUCCGUGCACGGAGCCGUGGGAACGCAGGGCUGCCCGCACGUCUAACCCUCCAACACAGUCACAUUCCCAAACUACAAUCACUGGUGGUGGGCGUCACGUUACUGUAGCUAAUUUAAAAUCUAUAUAUUAAUAUUUAUUUUCUAUUUUCAGAAAAUGUAUAUUUUAUAUUUCCUGUUUGUUGGUGCUUUCCUUUUACUGCCUUGUUUUGGUGCCACAGCAGUGACUGCACACAGAGAUGCACUGAAACAACACAAACCUUCAAUCAGUCCCGAAAUAUGUAGUAUAUUGUAAAUAAAGCCAACAAACCUGGA